CCAUCCUCAACUUUUGGAUUUCUUCAGCAUUGCAUAGAAAACCAAAAGGGGAGUUUAUAUAUAUAUAUUUUUUUUUCCCAACUCCUGAGAAGUGGUUUGAUUAAGUUGUUGGAACACAGUUAGGGGAUUUUGCUGUUUUUAAAGGAAGAGGGAGUCUUUCUUGCAUUAUUUUCAUAGCGCUACAAAAAGGAGAUUAUUGAAUUGUAUGGCAUCAGCGGAUAGGAUAUUUUUAGGGGAAAGAAAAAACGUGAAGCAGCAUUCUGAUUCCUAAUUUAGCGAUUCUUGGUAACUUUUUUUUAUCUGAGGAUCAGCCAUAUUUUCAAGCCUUCCAGUACCAAUAACCCGUGGGAUUACCAGAAAAAAAACUGAAGAUGUCUGUUAAUGAGUUUUAUGAAUGCACUGUAAAUGUAUGAUUUGAUUACGCUGUGCUUCAAAGUUCUGUUUUACAUUCCACGCGUUGAAUCUGGAGCUAGAAACUACAAGAGUCCCUGGGUGUGAAGGAUAUCGCAGAGCGGCUGUGCAUUGUGGAGCGGGUCGAGGAGGCUCUGAGGCAGCAGGACUGUGAGGAGUCUGGGUAUCUCCGGCAUGAGCUCUCCAUUAUAACCGAGGAAGAGGCUGAGCGCACCUGGGCAGAGGCAGAUGUUUCGGACAAGCACUUCCUCCUCCUUCAGAAUGAGAAGAAUUACAGAACACAAUAGAUGGCACGUGGAACGCGGCAGAAGCUCUUCCUUCCAUGAAGUCCACGGUUUCCGGGAGUUUGACAUGAGGACCGCGGAGGAAGCUUCCGGCAACAAUAACAAUACUGUCUUACAGCGCCUCCUGCAGGAGCAGCUCCGCUAUGGCAAUCCCAGCGAGAAUAGAAACUUCCUGGCUCUCCACCACCACCACCAGCAGCAGCAGCAGCAGCAGGGCCCGGUGAGCGGGAUCGGAUACGCGGGAGUGGGCCCCCCAGGAGAGGACCACCAGAUGGUCCCCCACUUGGCCCGUCAGGAGCCCCAGGGCCAGGAGCUACAGGUGGACAACAACGUGAUGGAGAAACAGUUGACCUUGCGGGGCGGCCAGGGUCCCAACUCCGAGGAUCUGCCCACCUACGAGGAGGCCAAGGUGCAGUCUCAGUACUUCAGGGGCCAGCAACAGAUGCCGCCAACCGUAGGUGCCGCCUUUUAUGUGACCGGGGUGACCAACCAGAAGCUGAGGACGGAAGGGCGACCAGCUGUGCAGAGGGUGAGCCCUGGGAAGGUGCACCAGGACGACGGGCUGAAGGACCUGAAGCAGGGCCAUGUCCGCUCUCUCAGUGAGAGACUCAUGCAGCUCUCUCUGGCCACCAGCGGGGUGAAAGCCCACUCACCAGUCACCAGUGCCCCUCUUUCCCCUCAAGCCCAGACCUCCUCGGACCUGUACCAAAACACGCCACCAGGAGCUGACUUCUAUAAGCAAGGGGGCCAGGGCGGGCAGCACCCCCAGCAGCCCCAGCACUCUCAACACUCUCAGCACUCUCAGCAAUCUCAACACUCUGUACACUCUCAGCAAUCUCAACACUCUGUACACUCUCAGCACUCUCAACACUCUCAGCAAUCUCAACACUCUCUGAAAGGGAUGGAGCACAGGGGCCCGCCCCCGGAUUACCCCUUCAAGAACAUGUCCACCUUGCCCAUGGCGUCCAAGCCUCAGGAACACGGGCAUUACUACACCGAGCACCGCGUGAGCCAGCAAGCCAGGGCUGACAUGCCAGUCAUGAGGUACCAGCCUCCACCAGAGUACGGGGCCCCCAGGCAAAACCAGGAGAGCUCGGGGCACCAGCAGCGGCUGGGCCACCAUCACAGCCCCACGUCCUCCAUGACCUCCCUGAGCUCCCUCUCACUGGGACAGUCCCCAAUCACGAGUGCCCAUCCCCAGAACCAGCACCCAGGGGACCCCUACUCGCCAGGCCCUCGCCAGCAGCACCAGGGAGACCCCUACGGCCUGGCCUCCCCUCCUCCCCGGGGCCAGCAGUUUCAGGGGGACCCCUACCCGGGGCCCCCCAGAGCCCAGCAGAAUUUCCCCCCCAGCCACUGCUUCCAGGGCGACCCGUAUGCCAUCGUGGCCAGGGCUCAGCAGAUGGUGGAGAUUCUCUCAGACGAGAACCGAGUUCUCAAGCAGGACCUGGACGUGUACAGCGACAAAGUGGUCAAACUGCAGAAGCUGGAGAUGGAGAUCCAGCACGUGUCAGAGGAUUAUGAGAACCUGGCCAAAUCGUCAACCAAGCGGGAGGCUCUGGAGAAAGCCAUGAGGAACAAGCUGGAGGGGGAGAUCCGGAGGCUGCACGACUUCAACAGGGACCUCCGAGAGCGAAUGGAGACGGCUAACAAACAGCUGGCAGCUAAAGAAUAUGAAGGCUCUGAGGAUAACCGCAAGACCAUCUCUCAGCUCAUUGCACAGAACAAAGAAAAUCUGAGAGAAAAGGAGAAACUGGAGAUUGAGCUGAAAUCCCUCCGUUCUGCCAAUGAGGACCAGCGGAGACACAUUGAAAUCCGGGACCAGGCUUUGAACAACGCACAGGCCAAAGUGGUCAAGCUGGAGGAGGAGCUGAAGAAGAAGCAGGUGUACGUGGAGAAGGUGGAGCGGAUGCAGCAGGCCCUGGUGCAGCUGCAGGCAGCCUGUGAGAAGCGAGAGCAGCUGGAGCACAGGCUGCGGACCCGGCUGGAGAGGGAGCUCGAGGCCCUCCGCAUGCAGCAGCGCCAGGGCGGGGCUCAGAGCAGCAGCGGCGCCCCCCCCGAGUUCAACGCCACGGUUCUGAUGGAGCACCUGCGUGAGAAGGAGGAGCGCAUCCUGGCUCUGGAGGCCGACAUGACAAAGUGGGAGCAAAAGUACCUGGAGGAGAGUGUCAUGAGGCAGUUCACUCUGGACGCGGCCGCCGACGCCACCACUCAGAGGGACACCCCCAGGAUCAGCCACUCCCCCAGCAGCAGCUACGACACAUCGGUGGAGGCGAGAAUUCAGAGGGAGGAGGAGGAGAUCCUGAUGACCAACCGCAGGUGCCUAGACAUGGAGAGCAGGAUAAAGAACCUGCACGCCCAGAUCAUUGAGAAAGAUGCCAUGAUCAAGGUGCUCCAAGUACGGUCUCGAAAGGAGCCCAACAAGACGGAUCAGUCCUCCCCCAUGAGGCCCUCCAAGUCCUUGAUGUCCAUCGCAAACCCCAGCCCCGUCUCCGGCCUGCUGUCACACUCCCUGGGCCUGAGCAGCAGCCCCAUCGCAGAGGAGAGGAAGGAGGAGCGGAGCUGGAAAGGGAGUCUGGGUGUUCUGCUGGGAACGGACUUUCGCACAGAGUCCCUGCGCACUGAAUCUAUCUCCUCCUCCCCCUCCCCGGUCCUCCCGUCCACCCCCAUGAUGUCAGCCCAUUCCAAGACUGGCAGCCGAGACAGCUGCACCCAGACAGACAAGGGCAGUGAACAGAGCAAGCCUACGUCCAGCCUUGCACUGCUGCCGGUUCAGUCUCGACUGGCCAGCCCCAGCCCAGUCUACAUCCCAGACAGGAUAGAUGGGCCAUCGUUCCACAGCGGGACCUUGGAUAGGAGAGCCCCAGUCUCACCACUGGGACAUGACAUCGACAACGAGAUGGUGGAGAUUCUCAUUUAAACCAGGAGAUGUGUGAGGCCUAGUGACCUCAGGAAGAUGAAAAAGACUUCUCUUUUAAAAUAUACAUUUUCAGUAGGAUUAUUCAGUAUAAGAACUAGCUGCUGAAGGCUGGGUUGACAUGAGGGUAUGCUUAAAUGCACUCAUUUUAAGCACCAUUUUCAUGAAAUCCUUAUAAGAAUGUAGAGCUAGUGAGUUUCUGAAUUCUCCUAUGUGGAACCAUCUCUGUUGUACAGUAUUUUGUCGGUGUUCUCUGUACCAACUGGACCAAAUGUGUUUGCUACCCCUUGGUUUCACUUAUUGCACUACCAUACUCUCAUUUCUUUCUCAUUGUUAAAUUUCGGAAGUAAUUAAACAGCAAGGAUAAUAUAUAUAUAUAUAUAUAUUUACAUUUCCCUUUCUAGUUUACAGUGUUUGCAAUUAUUCCGAGUGGCUGUGGGUUCUGUGGAUCCAAUAUUGAGUUAUUAUUUCUCUAAAUCUUUACAUUUCUAUAGACACAGUUAAAAAGGUCACAAUGUCACAUGAUUUGAAUGGAAUGAGCAAAUCUGUUUAGUUCAGGCACAGGAUUCUCCAGAAAAGCCAGGUAAAAUUAUAUUUGAAAUCAGUAUUGGAACAACAAAACCUAGAGCCACUCAGCAUGAUAGCAAAUAGUAAGAGAUAUAAAAACUACAAUAAAGUGACAUCUGAAGGUACUUGCUCCUUUAAAACAAUUGAUGCAAAUUGCAUUUAGCACUUGGAUAGCAACUUAUGAUUUUUCCAAUUGUAUAUAAAAUGUUUGCUGUUAAACUUGUAAAUAUCUAUAUAACGAAGGACAGGUCUCAUGUUAUUGUGUUGUAUUUGUAUGUUUUAUUUUAUACCGUAAUGCUUGUUUCCUUUGUGUGUGUGUGUGUGUUGUCAUGUUUGGGGCUGUUGCUACCUAGCAGUGAAUGGACAUGAGAUUCCUGGAGGCUGGCGCUGCUCUCUGUGCUGUCAGGAAUGUGAUUGGUCAGUGCCUGCCCUGCAUUCUAGUCUCAGAGAUCCACCCAGUAAAGGAAAUGACUUCCGCUGUCAUUUAUGUGUUUUUAUGAUGUUCGAUUCCUCCCAAUAAUAUUUCAAUCCCUGCAGUCUCUAGCUGCCUACACUUUGUUUACUCUCUGCACUAAAACAAACCCUAGUUAUUUUGUAUUUUUUUUUCUCAUGUAGUGUAUAGCACUAGCAUUGUAUACCAGUAAGUAACUCCUGUUUUUUUCUUUGGUCAGCCUGUUUUUUUUGUUUUUGUAAUUCUCUACAGAAGAAGGUGUGUUUCUGAUCUGAACCUGUUCCGAUACCUUUUAAAAGACAGGGCUGUGCCUCUGCAGCAGGUAUGAUAGGUGACUGAACUGCUCACAAAUUCUGUGAGUUUUCAAGGGCGAUUUUUAUGUAUUUAAGUGACCCUUACAAAACUGAUUUGCCCAAGGAACACUGCCAGAUGCAUGGGCACACACUUCAGUUCAGCUGCAUUGUUAACUUUUUCAUUGCCAGUGUAAAAAGAGUGCAAGUGUGCCACAAUAAAAAUGGCAAUUUCCAUUUGUCUUGGGUAUGAUCCUUGUGUUUUAAAUUUUGUAAACAUUUUUUUUGUUGUUGUUUUGGUGUGUGAUGUGUGGCCUUGGUUCCUUAUUCAACACUAUCGGCUGGUUUCACAGACUUGAUUAGAUCUUGUAUUAUUGUACCUUACCUAAGUUAACAUAAGGUAGUCUGUGAAACCAGCCAUAUGUAUGUUUUGUUGUAAACCACACUUUGUAAAAUAAAGGCAGCUGACAAACAUUGAAACAGCAAGCUACAAAAUACUGCAAUUCAAAUUCCUUAAAGUGCUGUACAGAACUUCAUGUAUUUUUUACGAGUUGACUGUAUUUCACACACAGUUCAUACGGAUUGUAAUUGCACUCUUCUCCUGUUGUGCUUUAUAACUGGAAUAUAAAUUCUUGUUUUAAA